AUGGCCAACCCACCAGACCUCACCUUGCCGGAUGUGAUCCCCGAAAUGCGGCAAUACCACGAUCAACCUGAGGACUUCCUCCCCUUCGCCCUCUACACGCUCUGUGAGCUGGACGAUAAGACGCUUGAGCGUUACCGUCAGCGAUGUGCAUCACGUUGUGACGACGACACAGUCAAGUUGCCACCCAAGGCCCGCUUCGUUGGGGAAACACUCAGGCAGAUUGUCGCCUCCCAUGUUCAGCUGGGACGCGAAGGCAACUUUGAUCCAAUUUAUCUUCUUGUGUGUGUCUACGCGGAUUCGGAUUUGGUGCUGGUCGUCACGUUGGACGAUCAUGACCUUGAGUGCAGGCCAGGACAGCUGUGGACAAGCAUGGAAAGAUCCGGCUUAAUGCUCCAAAGUCUAAACAUCUGGAAUACUGAUUGGUUUGCGGCCAAGGAAAACAGCCUGGCCGCUCCGUCGCAGCCUGAGAACGAGGGCGGUGAUGUUGAAACCGCUCCAGACACACGCCGGAGCGUGAUUAACGACAGCCCAGAUGGUGCCACGGACAAUGAGAACGACCAACAGGACCAAGAUUAUGGCACACCGCCACCCCUUGGUUUCCACAUCCAGGUCUACACCACCCCUGACGUUGAGCAAGACUCAUUGAUCGAGCAAAUGGAGCCCGGAAGCUCAUACAAGAAAGCAGACCGCAGCGAUUGGGGAUGCAAAGCGCAUCGUCUCACCAACAGUGCCAAGCAGGAUUCAAUAAUGAACGCUGCAAGGAUACAUCCAUAUCGAUGUCUCAAGCAUCCCACGCUGGAGAAGAAGUAUUUCAUCGUCGCUGACGAAGCAAACUAUGCCGAUGAAGGCGUGGCCAUCGUCCACCUCGACUGGAAUGGUCGGACUGAAAGAAUGAGUGCAGAUGAGCUUCAUGAGUUGGGCGGCCGUCUGGACUACCAAGUGCAGAGAGCCGAAGUUCCUGACAACGCUUCCAGAGCAGUCGUCGCCACCGUCUGUAUGCUUGCGCAGGGUUAUGAGAAGUGGCAGCCCAAAGUCAAGCAGUUUGCAAUCUACUACCCCAACGCUUCCGACGCAGACAUUAAACUGGCGGACGCGAUCGAUCCCAAGUGGGUGAAGCGUGGCCAUGGCCAAGAGCGUGUUGCCCUCGGCGGAUCGAUGCAAGGCGACGAGAUCGAAAGCGGAGGUGGCUUCUGGCCUGCUUUCAUACGCCGACACGUUGCGUACUGCAAGCGGCAGAGGUUCGUUCCGGCUUUCGUUCGGCCAUACUUCAUCCAUUGCGGUGUCGAGGAGCCGUCGGCGGAGAGUGAGGUACAGGUUAUCAAGCUCGAUUGGGAUGGAGAUUUGCGACUGGCGGAUGUGCUGGCUGAGCAGUACAGGAGCAAGACUUCGGUAGUCAAGACAUCGGCCUCAACGGCGUACGGGCUGCUCACUGAUGUAGUGAAUGGAAAGGUCGAGUGGCAGGGUGUGACAAUUAGCUAA